AUGGGACUGUCAGAGAGGUUCUGGCACCAUGAAUACUGGCUGCCACCUGGAGCUACCUGGGAAGACAUGAAGGAGUCUGCAGGCAUACGCUACCCGCAGCCUCAGGACCUCUUGCUCUGCAUCCCUGGUGCCCUGCUCUUGAUCGUCGUCCGAUGUACCUUUGAAAGAACCGUAGCUCUGCCCUUGGGCAGGAGGUUGGGUGUGAGUGACAAGCUGAGGCCCAAAGUUCAGCCCAAUGCCACGCUGGAAGGCUUCUAUGUUCUGCUGGGCAGGACCCCAAAGGAGGAGGACCUGAUUUCACUGGCCAAGCAAAGUGACCUGCCGGUUCAAAAGGUGGAGACCUGGUUCCGGCACCGGCGGGCCCAGGACCGGCCCAGGCUGAUGAAGAAGUUCUGCGAGGCCAGCUGGAGAUUUACAUUCUACUUCACCUCAUUCUUCUCUGGGCUGGCUCUCCUGUAUGAUAAGUCCUGGUUUUGGGACCACACGAUGUGCUGGCUGAGAUUUCCACAACAGCCUCUCCCUCCCGCGUUGGGCUGGUUCUACCUGCUGGAGCUCUCCUUCUACUGCUCGCUGGUGGCCACCCUGCCCUUCGACGUGAAGAGGAAGGACUUUAAGGAACAGAUCAUCCACCACAUCGCCACCAUCACUCUGAUCUUUGUCUCCUACUGUGCCAAUCUCAUACGGUUUGGGAUGAUCGUCAUGCUGGUCCAUGAUGCCUCCGAUUAUAUUUUAGAGCUCGCCAAGAUGCUCCAUUACAUGAAAUGGAAGGGGGUCUGCGAAGCAGUCUUUAUUGUUUUUGCUGUGGUUUUCAUCAUCUCCCGGCUUGUCAUUUUCCCGUUGAUCACAUACUAUUACUUUGUGACAAAAUUUCAGUUCUUCGUCGUAAGCUGUCUGAUAAACGCUUUCCUGAUGAUCCUGCAGUUGUUACACGUUUUCUGGUCCUAUCUAAUCAUCCAGAUGAUCUUCAGUGUCAUCCUCUGUGGUGAGAAAAGAAAAGAUGCCCGAAGUGACACUGAGGAAAGCGACAGGAGCGAAGCGGAGGAUCUGGCGAAGAACAGAGAGUAACACGGGUCUUGCUGCAAAACACCAAGAACCGGGCAGGCUCUCAAAAGUGAGGAGGCCAAACAGGACUUGGGGAGGGGGGGAGGCCAGACGGGCUCACAGAUGGCCUCACAGUAGUCUGCCUGCGGCCUCAGCCAGUGUCUAGGUGGAAGCCAAGUUCAUCAUAGCGUUCACAGGCAGCUAAGUCACUUUAGGAGAUGUUGUCUUCACUUCUUCUAUUGGGACCAUUCUUUUUACUACUCCUCUGUGAUCAUUUAUCCAUGGAAAGAAAGGUCUAAAAGCCAAAGUCUCACUGUACGCCGGAGAAGAGGGGGUUGAACAAGCUG